AUGCUGCUCUUUCUGAAAUAAAGUUUUAUUGUCAUUGUUUUGUUUACGGGUUACUAGAUACUUUUGAAUUCUAUUCAAAUUUGGAAAACUUACGAUGUGAAUUAUUACUGCCUAUGUGUUUUACUAAGACUCUACACAAAUUUUAACAAAUUAUUUGUGCUGCCAGUAUAAUAAAAGUUUAUGUAUUUACAAAUUGAAUAAAUCAUAUGGUAGGUUAUCUAAGUGUUUUAUUAUUCUUGAUAGGAACGUACUCACAAAAUAUAUCGAUUAGAAGCGCGUGUGCUCAUGCGCAUGUAAAAGUGAACUAAUACUAGCGAAAGCUUUCAUGCACGUGGGUUUGCGUACACAUAUGAAUAUACACAUAUAUGUGUUCACAUAUAUAGACGUACAUAAAUAUACGUUCAGAACUACGUCAUAGGGGCUUUGGAGCGACAAAAGAACGCGUGCCGAAAAAACAGGAGGGAAGACAGAAAACGGGGCCUUGCCUUAUUCAUGUGUAUUAUAUGGGCGUGAGUGUAUGUGUGUAUUUAACUGCCCGGCAAACUAUCAAGCUGUAUGCCUUUAAGAAGGGUAGGCAAGGAAUCAACACAGUAUAGACAAAUAUCAAAAGAAAUAAGAUAGAUAUAAAACGGAAUGAACUAUCUUAUCGGAUCCCUGGAAAGCUGAGAAUAUGUAUUGAGAAUUUACAGCCAAGAGCGAAGUUAUAUUUUACGAAAACGCAAACUAUUUCUUACAUAGAACCCGACAUAAUGUCGCGCAAAAACAGCGAGGAUUCUACUCCCGUGCAUGCAAGCAAUUUCAAGGAAACACAUAUUCGGCCAAUGAUAGUAGAAUAUGAUUCAAAAAGACAUGGUGUAAAAACCGAACUCUCAGAUAUGGUACUCUUUAAAUAUAAGUGUGAAAAAAAUGAAGUACCAAUAACAAUUGCAAAUGGAUCAACUUUGCCAUUGGUUGAACGACCAAAUGAUGAAGAAGCGGCUCUAUAUGAUCCAUUCGAACACCGCAAGCUCGCUCAUCCUACCAGCGAUUUGGAUACAUUAAUACAUCUGCUUAAGGGAAGUCUGGGAUCUGGCAUUCUUGCUAUGCCGAUCGCUUUUAAGAGUUCCGGUCUAUAUUUUGGACUUUUUGCUACUUUUUUUAUUGGAGCAGUCUGCACAUAUUGUGUACAUAUUUUAGUCAAAUGUGCGCAUAUAUUAUGUAAGCGGACGCAGACACCUAGUCUUGGUUUUGCAGAAGUCGCUGAGGCAGCUUUUCUGGUCGGACCUGAAUCCAUUCAAAAAUAUGCCAGGCUAGCCAAGGCAACGAUUAAUACUUUCCUGGUAUUAGAUCUUAUAGGCUGCUGCUGUGUUUACGUAGUUUUUGUCUCGGAGAACAUAAAACAUGUCGCCGACAGUCAUAUAACAGAAAUAUACGGAAAAGACGAUCUUUGGGAUGUCAGAAUUUAUAUGGCUAUAUUACUUCCAUUUUUAAUAGCUUUCUCUUUGGUAAAAAAUCUUAAGUUCUUGGCACCGUUCUCUAUGGUAGCUAAUUGUCUGAUUGCUGCUGGUCUAGGUAUAACAUUUUAUUACAUUUUUACGGAUCUACCAGAACUAAAAGAUGCAAAAAAAAUUACAUCUAUAGGAGAAAUGCCACUCUUUUUUGGUAUUGCUAUUUUCGCUUUGGAGGGUAUCGGCGUAGUGAUGCCGCUUGAAAAUAACAUGAAGACUCCAACUCAUUUUAUUGGUUGCCCUGGAGUAUUAAACAUUGGAAUGUUUUUUGUGAUCUCUUUAUACAGUACUGUUGGUUUCUUUGGAUAUCUCAAAUAUCAGCAAACAACAAAAGGUUCAAUCACAUUAAAUUUACCUGAAGACGACCCUCUAGCACAAGCUGUUAAACUUAUGAUCGCUGCUGCUAUUUUUUUUACAUAUGGUCUCCAGUUUUAUGUGCCAAUGGAAAUAAUAUGGAAGAACGUGAAAGGCUAUUUUGGAUCACACAAGUUGAUAGCUGAAUAUAUAUUACGAAUAAUUUUAGUAACGUUUACGGUAGGGAUGGCAAUCGCUAUUCCCAACCUUGGCCCCUUUAUUUCACUAGUCGGAGCUCUCUGUCUUUCUACUCUUGGACUUAUGUUUCCAUCAGUUAUUGAGCUUGUAACUGUAUGGGAGCAAGAAAGGGGUCUUGGUCGCUUCAAAUGGAAGCUUUGGAAAAAUAUUAUGAUUAUCAGUUUUGGAGUGUUAGGCUUAUUGACUGGCACAUAUACAAGUCUCUGUGAGAUUACUGGUACAGUAAAUGAUAUUAACAAUGAUAGCAACUGAACUGGAACGAUUUUUAAAAGUUACAUAUAGCUUAUGUCGUGCCUUUUUCAAUAUGUUUUUAAAAUUAGCAAAGUAUGUAUACUCAAUCAUAAUGCUAAUUUGAUCACGAAAAUGAGCUUCAGAAGUUUCUAAUUUUAAAUAUGCAAAUAUAAUACAAGUUUCCAGUCAAUUUAUAAAUCAUACUUAUUUAAUGUUCACUAAUUUUCAAGGGAUAUCCAUAAAUAAAUUUUGCAUAUUAAAUAAUACAAAAAUUAUAAACUUUAAAUAUCUUACAAACUAAAAUACUAAAUUUAAAUUAGAAGUAUUGUACAAUAAUCUCUUACAGAGAAGUAUCUUCGUGUUUAUAAGAAUUGCGCAGAGAAUAAUUAAUAUAUUUUCUUAUGGUUAUUUAGAAAAUUAAAAUGUCCAAAAAAAAACAUUUA